AUGGAUGAUCUACCCGGUUCAUUACAUCAAUCAACACCAAAUGAGAAGCCAAUGGCUCCACCCACAGCACCAAAAUCUGCUCCACACGUUCCUAUUUCUGUCGAAUCAAAGGAGUUAUCAAAAGAAAUUCCAAAAGAAUCUCCUAUGACUAAGGAGGACAAGAAAGACGUGGCCAAGAGUAAAGUUUCUGCUGCUGUAACUGAGAAAAAAGUUGUUAAGGAACCAGUGGUACCUAAAAUAACAAUUGAGAUGAAAAAAUUUUCUAUGUCCAGAGAAUCCACCCAAUACUCAAUCUUCAUUAUAUUUAACCUUAUCUUUGCACUAUUAUACAUUUUCAAAGUAAGAUUGAUGGCCAUAUUUUGCAAUCUAAUUAUUGUGGCUAUUUCAAUUGGAGCUAUCCUUUCCUCCAUAGACCCUAAUAGACGCAAAGUUGAUGAGACAAAUGUUAAUAUUAUAUUUAUAAGCCCGACAACAGUUUCAGAUUUAGCAAUCGUAAUCACGGCAAAACUGAACCAGUACAUUUCAUACUUUAGAAGAAUUUUGUUAUGGCAGGAUUUUAUUCUUUCAACCAGAUUUACUUUGUGUGUCUACAUUAUGGGAAUCCUUUUCAAAAUUAUACCGCUGGUUGCUUUAAUAUAUAUAAUGUGUUGGGCAUUUUAUCUUUAUAUGUUCAUAUGCAAGGAGAUGGCAGAUCAGUUGUUGGACAUUAUAAUGGUUUAUUUGAAAAGGGUGUCGGGAAAUUUCGACGAGUUCUGCUGCAAUAUCCCCAAGAUGAAGGAUGUGGGUAAGGAACUGUGA